UUAAGUGUUUGCUAACAGUUCAUUUCAGUCACUAGUAAAACAAUCAUCAUUGCAUAGUCCAUCACUCCCGCCGUUUCAUUUUUGUUUUGGAUAUAGUAUAUUGAUUUAAUUUUUCCUAACAUGAUUGGCGUUGGAGUUUGGUUUUUAGCAUGGUUUUUUAUAUUAUUGACUGUCUUGUUCUUUGUGCUUUCGUUGUAUUAUCGUUCAAGGUUAUCAGAUGAGUAUAAGCAGAUGUCUUCAAAACUUCCAUCAUUACCUCAUGGAUUAUUGGCGGAACUAAAGAUUUCCUAUAAACACGCUACUCUUAAAUCUACAGAUGUAUUACCGUAUUUGGGAAAAUUGUUUAAUCAAUAUGGACCUUUAGUACAUAUGAAUAUUUUGGGCUUCUCUUAUGUGUUAUUAAAUGAUCCAGAGUACAUUAAACCUUUGUUAUCAAGUCCUCAUCAUAUUAAUAAAGGACCAGAAUAUAGCAUGCUUAAGCCGUGGUUAAACAAAGGGUUAUUAACAAGUUCAAAUCCAAAAUGGCAUUCACGAAGAAAGCUUCUGACAUAUACAUUUCAUUUUAAAAUAUUGGAAUCUUACAUUUCUACAUUUAAUAGGCAUGCUAGACUUUUAGCCAAUGAACUUGGAAAAUUUUCAGGAAACGAUCAGCAGUUGUCUAUUUACUCUUUUAUGACAUUGUGCGCUUUAGAUAUUGUUGGUGAAACGAUAAUGGGAGUAGAUCUCCGAUCACAAGAAGGCAAAUCAACAGAAUACGUUAAAGCAAUUUACACUGUUACUGACAUUAUGAUAAAAAGAAUGUUUAAGUUUUGGUUGUGGAACGAAAAAAUUUUUAGCAUUAGUCAAGAUGGUAGAACAUUUAAAAAGUCUCUUAAAAUUUUACAUAGUUUUACUGAAAAUGUAAUAAAAGAAAAAAGAACAAAGCUUGAAAAAAUUAAUGUAAUUGCCAAUGAAGAAUUAAGUUUUGGCAAAAGACGAAUAGAAUCAUUUCUUGAACUUUUAAUUGGGAUCUCAAAAAACAAUCCUGAAGAAAUGACGGACUUAGAUAUUAGAGAAGAAGUAGAUACUUUCCUUUUUGAGGGACAUGACACAUCUUCUACUGCUUUGACUUUAGCACUAAUUUUAUUAGGAAUAUAUCAAGAUGCUCAAAAUUUGGUUCGAGAAGAAUUAGACUCAAUUUUUGGCGAUAGUGAUAGAGAAGCAACUUUUGAAGAUUUAAAAGCAAUGUCAUACCUUGAACGAGUUAUUAAAGAAACUAUUCGUUUUUAUCCUAGUGUUCCUGGAUUUACCAGAAAAAUUCGACAACAGUUAGACGUCGGAGAAUAUAAAAUUCCUCCGAAAACUGUUGUAGUUGUUAUUCCAUAUUUAUUACAUAGAGAUGAAAAUAUUUUUCCUAAUCCAUUAGAGUUCAACCCAGAUCGAUUUUUACCAGAAGUUAGUAGUAAAAGACACCCAUACUCAUACUUGCCAUUUAGUGCUGGUCCUAGAAAUUGUAUUGGUCAAAAAUAUGUGAUGUAUCAAAUGAAAACAGUAAUAUCAACUGUUAUAAGACAAUUUAAAGUUGAAACAUUAGGCACUCAACAAGAUAUUGUCAUUGGAUCACAGUUAAUUUUGAGGCCAGAAUCAUUACCUGAUAUAAAACUUACCAAGAUUCGAUGAAAAUUGAAAAGGAAAUGGUUAAAAGUUUUAAUUAUUAUUAUGUUUACUAAUAUUUAACUGUAUAUUUAUAGCUUCAAGUUAUGUGUGAUGAUUAAUUAUUAUAUGCAUUUUUAGUUAUAUAUUUUAAAAUGAUUUAGUACUAUGUACUAUGUAGUAUUUAUGUAAUAGACUGAUGUUAAUUUUUUAAAGCA